CAUAAUAAUAUGACGAGCUUUGCAGAUACACCGGCACACGACGCUAUCAAAGCCCGCGCGAUUAGUGAAUACAGCGGUCGGGACAAGGUGGAUAUUGAAGAGGUCGUUGACUCGCAAAUUUCCAACCUAGUAGCACUUAUGAGUCGCAGU